GAGCCAGUCAUGCCUGCCAGUGUGCGUACUGGGACCCCGAAGGACUCAGAGGUGUCUGAGCUCUUCUACAGAGAUGAUCCUGAGAAGCUCUUCACUGAUCUCCGGGAGAUCGGUCAUGGCAGCUUUGGAGCCGUGUACUUUGCUCAUGAUGUGCGUUCCAAUGAAGUGGUGGCCAUCAAGAAGAUGUCGUUCAGUGGCAAGCAGUCCAAUGAGAAAUGGCAGGACAUCAUAAAGGAGGUGAAGUUCUUGCAGAAGCUCAGACACCCCAAUACCAUCGAAUACAAAGGGUGCUACCUCAGGGAGCACACAGCAUGGCUGGUGAUGGAAUACUGUCUAGGAUCAGCCUCUGAUCUGUUAGAGGUGCAUAAAAAACCUCUGCAGGAGGUGGAAAUAGCUGCUAUUACCCACGGUGCACUUCAGGGCCUCGCCUACCUUCACUCUCAUAACAUGAUACACAGAGAUGUGAAGGCAGGUAAUAUUCUGCUAACUGAGCCCGGUCAGGUGAAGCUUGGAGAUUUUGGCUCUGCCUCAAUCGUUUCUCCUGCCAACUCUUUUGUGGGUACACCGUACUG